UAGAGGCUUGCCGCAGCCUUUGAAAGUUUCCAGUUAAUAUUUCCAUGCAAGCCGCCGAGCACGUAUCAUCGGCAACUGGAAAUAAACAGCGGCUAGUUUGAGUUGCGUCUGGUGGAAUGUUGUGAUUAUCCCAGAAGGAGGUUCUUAAGGAAAGUCUCAGUGGUUGGAACGAGAGGAGGAGACGAGUACAAGGUCGGUCAAAUACAUGGGUGUCUGAGAAGGAAGUACAGCAGCGACUGAUCUGAGGGGGAUACGAAAUCAGGAGCAACUGCAUCGUCUUCAACAGGUUGCGUUAAAUUGGAAUCGGCCACGAUGGGGCGCAGUGGCUACACAUGUGUGAGACACAUAUUCUGCACGCUGAAUGUCCUCAUGUGGCUGUGUGGCUGUGGUAUCCUGGGCGUAGGUAUCUGGCUUCGACUCUCAUACGCGGGAUACACCCAGUUGCUCCCCAAAUACAGCAUGAUAAGUGCCGACAGCCUCUGCAUUGCGGUAGGCGUUAUUAUUUUUAUUGUGGCAUUCUUUGGAUGCUGUGGUUCCUGGUUCCAGAGCAGAUGUAUGCUCGUCACUUACUUCAGUCUCGUCAUUUUCAUGUUUGUUGUGGAGUUCCUGUUUGCAACUCUUGCGUUUGUAUUCCGUGAGAACCUCGGCGGUACUCUGAAAGAGGAAUUAACUGAAGGAAUAAAAUUGCACUACAAUACCUCUGAGUCCAAUAGCCUUGAGAACAUCUGGAACCAUAUUCAUAAAGAGUUCCACUGUUGCGGAGUAACAAACUACGAGGACUGGUACCUCAUUGAUGCUUGGCCAGGAAAGAGGAAUGUCCCAGCUUCGUGCUGCCUGUCAGAGUUUGCAAAUGACACAGCCUGUGGAUAUGAAGGGAACCAAGAUAUGUGGUACACCACUGGCUGCGCAGAGCAGGUACAGAUGUGGUUCGUGGAGAGACUGCACAUUGUGGGCAUUGUCGGGCUUGUUGUCGCAUUCAUUCAACUAUUUGGGCUUAUCUCGUCGAUGCUCCUUUUCUGCACCGUCCGACACAAGCGAACUUCUCACACCUACAAGUCGUAUGAUCCAGCCACAUGACUAUUGCGGGAAGGCGACGAGUACCACCGUCGUUGCCAGCCCUUGUGAGGGAAUCCUUAAACAACCGAAAGUGCAUUAAUGGAAAGGCUUGACUGUGAAUGCAAGAUUUCCAGAGACGGAGGUGAAAGUGUUAAAUGAAGCCAUGAACAUGAAUUUGAAAAAUGUCUUGUUAUUAUGACGACUUUCCUGCAUUACAAAUGCUUAGAUCUUAGGAGUUUUCUAGAGUAACAGUAAUUAUCACCUAGUCUCUGUUAAUACAAGGAAAUAAGUAGGCAUAUUUACAAUGUGUUCUUAAAACUAUGGUGCAGUCUUAAAUCAUUGAUGUAUUGUAGCAAUUGCGGCAGAGACGUGGAUGAAACAUGAAAAUUUACACCUGUUGCUAAUAAAGUUCAGUGUGAGGCCAUUUGUUCUUGUGCACGUCUGUCAUCGAUAUUCUAAUUCUUGCCACGUGCAAGUGAGAGAAUUUUAUUUAGAGACUCGGCAGUCAGUCUUUCUGCUCCUGUGCUUCAGUUGGUCCACACUGUUGAUUUUCACACUCAAUCAACUUCUUUGAAAUCGUCUUUGUAAGUAAAAGUCUGGCAGAAUUGGUUGAGGUGCUCUCACAUUCCAGUUCACCCACCAACUUGUGAAGCGCUAGUCACUAUGAGUGUCAACGUAGGGAACUGAGGCUCCAUCAAGUUGAGAGACUAUCUUAUUGUCUUCAGUUAUGGUAAUAUAGAGACACGCUUCUUAAUGUUUGGAACAAAAUCAUCUAUACCUUGAUAUUCUGUGUGCUGCUAAUGGGAAUAAUAUUUUUCUUAAUCAAGACUUGCAGUUGGUAGUGCUUCGUAUUGGAGGAUUUAAAGAGCAAGGUCUGAAAAACAAAAUGGACCAUUAUCAAUAAAACUUGCCUUUUAUUCAAAGCAUGUUAGUUCUGGCUUGCACAGAACCUUCAUUAUCAUCAUCAUCAUUAUAAUUGUGCAACUUUUAUAAAGUACAAUAGAAACCUAAUAAAUAAAUAAUGUAAUUAUUUAAAAUGGAGUAUACAAAAGAAUAUAUCUAAACUGUGACUACAGUUAGAAUUAACAGGAGUAGUAUAUUUUUGAAAGAGAUUUGGAAUCAAUGGGGCUCAUAUGACAUUUGCCACCUUUGCCUCCAAAUAAAUCUACCACUGGGGUCUUAAAUAAAGGAAUGGAUCAAAGCUUAAAAAUCAAAUAUUUUUAUCAGUUUAGUAGUUCAUAGUUAGAACGAUGAAUUAUUUUAUAUAAACUUAUCUAUACAAAAUUAUAUGACAGGAGGUAUGAGAUAUCUUAUAUCAUGUUGAAAAGUGAAUAUAUUAUAAAGGAACAUUAUUCCAUUGCAUGUGUUUACAAGUGUUCAAGUUUGUCUAAUUAUUUAAAAAUUAAACUUUAGGAAGUGUUUUAAUGCAAAGCAAUAAAAUGGUAACAUGAUGCAUCUUUUUUAGGUUAUGUUAGGUUAGGUUACAUUAGAUUAUAUGCAUUCUAUGAAUCCCCUUUAACGAGGUUGUGGACCAAGUAAGUGUACAAAAAUACAAAUGGAAAUACCACAAUAAAGAAGUGACAUACAAUAUAAAAGAAAGAAAAACUAUGAUAUACUAGUAUUAGUCUUAUGUUUAAAAAUGUGAGUUUGGUUAAAAAGUUGAUACACAUAAUUUACGUUUGUCUUAUGCUUAAUUUUAUGUAAAAUAAAUUUGAUAUAGUUGCUCCACAGUAAGUUUGAAAUUCUGUACAUCUCCUAUAAAAGUAACUCUUUAACAGAACAGAGGAAAUGAAAAUUUAAAUUGUGUUCUGUCAGUAAGAUAUAUGUUUAAUUCUUAAUGGGAUCUUGUUAUAGGUUUAAUAUCUGCACAGAACAUCUUGUUUUCCACAUCUCCUUAAUCUCUUGAAACUCAUAUCUGUCAUUUUACAAGACUGUUAUAAAAAGACAAACAUUUAAUUAAUGUUACAACUGGCAUGAUCAGUUCCUGUGUGAUUAAUCCAAGAGCAUUUAACAUUCCAAAAUAUAUUUAUUAUUUAUUAGUCUUUACAGGUAGGGAAAUAAGUGAAAACUUGGCAUCCUCAGGAUUUUUAGAGAACUCAAAAUAGUUUUCAAAUAUAUUUAUUGUUCAAAUUACAACCUUGCUGAAAAUUCUUAUAGUGUGUUGUGAAUGUCUGAAAUUGUCAUUCGUUUCAGUAGCUGUGUUCUUCUAAAAAUACUUCUGUUGUUCAUAAUUUUAUUCACAUUAAAUCCUGAAAUAAAUGUAUAUUAAUGCUUUAAUUUCAUGCAAUAUGUAUUUGGUUAUUACAUGGUUAUGUUUAUUUAUUUAUUUAGAAACAUAACCUUCAUAUUGUGUUAUUGAUAAUGGUGUUGGGAUUUGUUGUUAUUAAUUUGUUAACUUAUAUCUAACAAGUACAACAUACAUAAAAAUAUGUAAUUGGCUUAAUAAAAUAUGUGAUACCAUGUAAUGAUUUUAUCAAUGUCAGAUUUAAAUAAACAUAUCACAUUCUAUAAUUUCAUUAGUUAUUCACUGAAUGUAUAUGUAAAUAAUGAAAAUAUUGUGAUUAUA